AUGAAUCAGUGUUCUGGAAACUUAAAUGAUAUAUACACAUUAUCGAAAUUAUUAACCUGUGGUCGAAUAAAACUCUCUGCAUGGAGUGAAAAUAAAAAGCAUGAUUUUUUAAUGCUUUUCACUGGAGAUGGAGAAUUUGUUUGCCUCGAAUUACAUGAAAAAUAUCCUGUAAUCAAGCGAUUUCCUUGGUUUUUCGACACACUUCACACCCCAAUUUCGAUAAAAUUCUCUCCUUGUGGCUGUUUUUUAAUUGUGCUGAGUCAUACUUGUAAUUUGUAUAUUUUACCUGUGUGUUCAGCAUUUAACAAUAAUUCAAAAUGUGAUGUUAAUUCUAAAAUCUUUAGUGCAACCGAUUUAACCAUUUACAAAUACCCAUUUCUUCCGAAAGAUAAUAAUGUAUUCAAUAACAAGUCGUCCAACUCGAAAGAUUUCUUGCAAUCUUAUUUGACAACGAGUGUUAACGAAGAAUCUCAUAUUACUUCAGCUCAUUCUAUUAGUAUUUUGAAUUCUAAUGAUAGUGAUAAUGAAAAUAAGCUUAAGGAAAUAUUAAAUUCUAAGCACAAACCUUCACCAUCUGCUAUUUGUUGGUGGAAAUCAUCAGUUCAUAAAUCAUUGGAAAUUGCUAUUAUCGGUUUUAAAAAUGGUGACAUUAUAUUUGUUAAUUUAAAUUCUGGAAUAAAAAUUAAAGAUACAACCAUUAAGGGAGAAAUAAAAGAUUUAUUUGUUAUUAAUAGUCGUGAUCAACAGUUUAAAUUGACACUUGAAGAAAAGAACAUAAAUUAUAUUUUAUGCCAGAAACUCUCUAAUUAUGGUUGUGAUUGUUUAGAAUCAAAUUUAUCACAAUGUAGUAAUGAUAAUUCUCAAACUCCCUCACCUCGAAACUCAUUACAAAGUUUGAAACAAAUUUCUGUUGAAAAGUUUUCAUCUUUAAAAAACAAAAUCACAGAAACUCGAUCUAAAAUGAACCUCAAGUCAGGUAAUAAAGAAGAACUUUCAAAUUCUAAAGUUUAUACUCUUCCAAUAGAAAACUUAGAUUCUGUUGUUGGUGAUACCCUUAUGUCUUGUCAAAAUAUUCUAGAUUCCAACGUAUUAGCUGGUUUUUACUCUCAAUCUCAAUUAUUAACGAUUCAUUCUAUGAGUUUAGAUCUUGCUCCCCAGAGAAUUCAUAAAUUACCCUUUGGAACAGAAUGCGUACUAUUAUGUGAUAAUAUUAUAUAUUUGACUUUGGUGGGAGGAAAGUCAAUAAAAGAAUUUAAUGCGGAAUCUGUAUUGGGAAAAUGGUUUUUUAAAAAUAUAAAUACCGAAGAUGUUGAGGAAAAUGAAAGAGAAAAAAAAUGUUUAGGUUCUGAUCAGAAAAAACCUUUAGAACUUACUACCACUAAUUCAGGAGAAGAAAAAGAAAGGGAAGAAGAGGAAGAAUUUAUUUUGAAUUUGUACAAAAUUUCAUCCAAAUCUACAAUUUUAACGUCUAAACGUUUGUUUAACGAACGUGACGAAUCAAAAUAUAUUGAAAAUGAGGACAAUAUUGAAAUUUUUUCUCAACCCAAACCUGAAAAUUGUUUGGUGGUCACAAACAAAAAUGUUUAUAUAAUACAUUUAAAAUACAAUGUGGUGAAAUUGGCGUUAGAUCUUAUUUUAGGCACAAAUGAAUUGGAAAAGGCUGAAAAAAUUUGCACAAUAUUUGAUAUCGAUCUUCAAAAAUUAUUAGAAAUAGCCGGUGAUAUAAAAUUAAAAUCUGCUGAAUUUUCUUCUGCUAUUGCUUUCUAUAAAUUAUCAAAGUGUGGAAUAUUAAAAAGUAUUGCAAAAUUAGCCAGCGAAAGUCAUUGCACUCAAGUUUUAAAUUAUUCUCUUAUGCUAAUGUCAAAUUCUGGAAAUGAAAUUUCACUAACGGAAAAAAUACAUUUAAGUAAUUUGAUAAUAAUGGCAUAUGCUCAAGAAGUUCUUAAAAAUGAAAACAAUAAAAAAUUAUUAGAAAAAUAUAUCGUCACCGGUCAGUCUUUACUCUUCAACUGUUUGUGGAAAUUAAUUACUUAUAAAGGUUUAAUAUUAGACGGAUAUCUUAUUUUAAUAAAAGUUAUGGAAAGAUUUCUAAAUAUGAAAACUUUGGGUUGGAAUUUAAAUAAAAUUGAAUUUUGGAAAUGCAUGUCGGAAAGUUGUUUGAUUGAAGCCAUAAUAACAAAACCCGAGUGCUUCCUAACGUAUUUAAAUUACGUCAUUUUACAUUUAAACGAAUUGAAUAUUGAUAUAAUAAACAGGUUUUUAAAAACCUUAAAUCCUAUGGCUCCUCAUAUGAGACCUUUUGCUUCGAAAUUUAUCAAUUACGGAGAAAAAUUUUUAAUUUCACAAAAUAAUUUAUUAUUUCAAUUAAAUGAAAAUAAAAAUUUUAGAAAUAUUGACAGCGAAUUUUGUACCACGCCGCAAAAAACGAUGGAAUCGUCAGGGACUCUUGUUGAAUUGUUUAACAAAAAAAUAAAUUCAGUUCUUAAUUGUGGUUACGGGCACACAGCUUUAAUAAGAAACGGUACUAUUUACACUUGGGGUCAAACGGUUAAAGGUUGUCUAGGUCAGGGUCCGACAAUGUCACGUCAUUCACUUCCGUCUCCCAUAAGUUUAUUAAAUUGUUUCAAAUUAGAAGUUUUGUACGUUGCUUGUGGAAAAAAUCACACAACUGCUUUAACUAAUAAUGGAGUUUAUGCAUGGGGUUGUUCAAAAUACGGUCAACUUGGUUUGGGAGACGUUUAUGAAUCUCCCUAUCCUCGUUUAAUCACAUCUUUAGCAAAUGAAAAUGUAAUAACAUUAUCUUGCGGUCAAUUUCAUACUCUUGCUUUAACGGAAAAAGGUCAAGUUUUUGCAUGGGGUUGGGGAGUUCACGGUCAAUUAGGUCUUGGAAAUAUUGAUGAUCAAAGAUUGCCCGUCUGCGUGAAUCAUUUAAAAGAUCAAGUUAUUAAAGAUAUAGCUGCCGGCCAUGGUCAUUCCCUCGUUUUGUCGGAUAAAGGACAAAUAUUUUCAUUUGGUUCCGGUGUAUUUGGACAACUGGGAACUGGAAAUACGACGAAAUCAUCAGUACCAGUUCUCAUCCAGGGUAUAAGUGAAAAAAUUAUUUUGAUCGCCACGGGAUAUUUUCACAGUAUCUCUUGCGGAUGUCAUCACUCGGCACUUUUAACGGUUUCUGGAGGUGUUUAUACUUGGGGAAGAUCUUUAGAUGGACAACUGGGUAACGGAGGGCAUAAGGAAGUAACCGCACCAACUCAAAUUAACGAAAAUACUUUUAAAGCCGAUUGCAUAUCUUGCGGAUGCGAAUUUACGGCUGCUCAAGAAAAACAAACUGGAAAAAUAUUUUGUUGGGGAAGUAAUUCCGUGGGUCAAGUACGGGUCACUAAUUUGGCCAUACCGGUGAAAGAAUCAGCGACAAAAUCAUUGGAUGGAAAACUUGUCAUGUUAAAAUCAUGUAAAAGAAUAGUAAGACUUUUAGAUAGGAACACGAGUUUAAAUUCUAGCGAUACUCCGAAAGAAGUUUCCGGUUUACCACCGCCAACUUUUGCUUAUCACAGUUUGAACCAAAAUUUUAUUUCGGAUCCUCAAGAUUUAUCCGUUUCGGAUUGCGAUUAUUCGCAAGAAAUAUUACAUUUUACGAUUGAAAAUUUUAGACGUUGCAUCGAUUUAAAUUACCUGUUGGAAACGGUAGGAUGA